GCACGAUUGUUCAGCGAUCAACGAAUAGCUUGUAGAUUUAUAGAAGAAAGUUUGACAAGUACCUUGGUCGUACAAAGAGUUGUGCAUUUCAGCAAGUGACAACGAGAUAGCACACCUGGACUUUCUAAUAGGUUUUCAUCCAUCCGAGAAGCAGUAACCAAGAACAAUGGCCAAUACCGUCGUUCCCAUUCCUACUCUUGUGCAGGGCAAAUCGUCCUUGUAUAACCACUCUGAUCCUCUCAUCCGUCGUCUCCGACUCGAGGAUCCUUAUGGAAGGCCUAUCGACAGUCUGAGAGAGGUCUUCCUCGGGAAGGAAGUCGUGAUCUUCUAUAUCGGUAGCAUGCACGGAAAUGACAACCUGACCGAUCUCAACAAGGACCUCGUCAACCUAGCACUCGCUCAACCCAAGACAUGCUCCGUCAUUUACGUCUCGGUCGAUUCCACUCAGACGGCCAUCGAGUUGGUGGCCAAGAACAAGCCCUUCUUGCGCAUGAGCUUGUUGGAUAGCUCUGACUUUGCCGUUAUGGAGAGUCAGGACAACUUGGACAAGAAGAAGCGGGUCGCCAUGGAUGAAGUGCUUAGGGACGAGGACUUUAUUACGGGCGAGGAAUACGGUGCAGGCGGCGUCAAUGUGCCGUUUGGAAAGGAAGACGAUGCUUCGGAAUAUGUUCGACCCUUGUCGAGAGCCGCCAUCACGCAACUCACCCACUCCUACGGAACACCUGCGCUCGCCGUCUACCACAUCCCGUCGCAUCGAUUCAUCUCUACCAAUACCCGCCGGAGUCAAUUCAGGGCUGACAGGAUCGGAAUCAACUACAAACAGUGGUUAGGAGGCUCAAAGAAGACUGGUCUCGGUGAUGUAUGGGAUCUCAUCAAGGUUCCGGUUGCUGUAGUCGUGGGAGGCGUGGGUUACACCUUGAUAAGGUUGUUCAAAGGAGAGGAAUGGAACGUGGUACCACAGAUCUUUUCGAAUAUGCAACUGGCUGGACCCGACGUACACAGCCCACCGCCGACCUUGAUUGAGCACGCCAAAUCGGCCUUUGUCCUUCCCCAGGCCAGCAAUGGAGGUUAUCUCCCUUACUGGUUGGCCUUUGUCGCCGUGGUCUCUGUCUACAACACCAUCCAGGCUUUCGUUACGCCAACCUUGACCAAGAGGAUCUACAGCCGAAAGCCGGAAGAGGUGACGGGUAUUGGAAGGAGAACGUUUGGGGUCUGGACGCUCUUGGCUGCGUGCAUCCGAAUCUACGCUGCUUAUGAGAUUAACAAUCCAGCACUGUACAACCUUACUCUAGCCUCUUAUGUCCUUGCGGGAGGACACUUCUUGAGCGAACUCUUCAUCUUCAAGUCGGCCGGCUUGCAGGCUCCCGCACUCAGUCCAGUCUUGGUUGCCAUUCCAAGCAUGAUCUGGCUCGUCAUGCAGAGGCAGCAUUAUCUCUCCGUGUGACGAGGUUAUCCCAAUCUACCAAUCCACGAGUAUAGAGAGCUGUAGAGUUUAUCCUGUGAGGCGAAUUAGACGGUGUCGGCUUAUGAUAUACCAUGAGAUGUAUACGAUCAU